UCUAGUUCAUCCAGAAGAACUCACCUGACAACGCCCUAUCCUCCUCCUACCUGUUCCCUAACUAACAGCAGCAGAGAGAGCUGAUUCAGUGUGACAGUACUGAGCUCUCAACAGCAAGAACAGUAAACUGACAGCUGUCUCUUUCCUGCCACACACGAAGCGUGUUGAUCAUGGGGAAGAUUGGCAAGGAGGUGGCGGGUCAGAUCAUAAGCUUCAUAGGCUUGGUGGGGGUGGCAGUGUCCUGCGGGGUCCCCAUGUGGAGAGUGACCUCGUACAUUGGAGCCAACAUUGUGUCAGGCCAGAUAGUGUGGGACGGCCUGUGGAUGAACUGCGUGAUGCAGAGCACGGGGCAAAUGCAAUGCAAACUGAACGAAUCUGUGAUGAGCCUAUCCAGAGACCUGCAGGCUGCGCGAGCCCUGGUCAUCAUCGCCCUCAUCAUCGGAUUCAUCGGCUUCAUGAUCACCUUCGUCGGAGCCAAAUGCACUAGCUGCCUGAAAAAAGAUUCCUCGAAGUCUAAAGUGGUGAUCAUAGGGGGCUGCCUCCUCAUCGUUUCAGCCGUUGUGGUCCUCAUCCCUGUCUGUUGGUCAGCCACCGUCACCAUCACAGACUUCAUAAACCCUGCGACUGUUGACACACAAAGGAGGGAAAUCGGGGCCUCAAUUUACAUCGGAUGGGGAUCUUCUGCAAUUCUUUUAGUCGGUGGAAUCAUCCUAACCACUUCUUGCCCUCCGCAAAAGCCCAUGUAUGGAUAUCCAGGCUAUCAACCAACGCCCUUGUACCCUUACUAUGGGCCAAAGACGAACCCAGGAAACUAUGGACCUGUCUACGUUCCCCCAUCCAGCAGACCCUACACAGCCCCAGGCUCAUAUGUACCCAACAAACCAUACGCAGCCCCACCGAGUGCAUACUCUGGUGGACGGUACAUCUAGGAUCUGACAGGACGGAGUGAGAACGAAGACUGAGAUUUCUGCCCUGUUCUUUGUAAUAACUUGUUUCAUUGAAAAUGAAAAUCGCACCAACAUGGACCCUCAGUUGUUGAGGUUUGUACUUAUUCUAGUAUAUUGCUAGGAGAAAAAAAAUGUUUCACUAAAGCAAUCACUGCAGCCUUUGAUUAUUAUGAAUCAAUAAUAAUGUGCUCUUUUGGAUCUGUAAACUUUUGAAGGCGUUAAAGUUUUUGAAGGCGUACUGUGUCAUUGUGGCCGUGUGUUUGGAAAAGUGAUGAGCUUUUCACCGGAAAGUCAGCAUUUAUUUCUUCAUCAAACAAAGAAAAUUUUUUUUAUAUAAUGAUGUAUGUUGUGUAUGUUCUCUGUAAACUUCAUUUAAGUUUUGAAAUUGCUGAAAGAAAUGUCAAUAAAAUAUUUGUCUUACUGGA